GUGCGGUUUCUACGCUUGAUGAACCGCCUCAAUAUAAAGCGUCCUCUCCAACAAUGGCGAAGCCGUGGGCAGACAUAUUUGUUAGUGGCAGCCGUAAGCCACAUGACAUCGUGGAUCCAGCUUAUUGGUUGGUUUGGCGAGUGCGCACUACUGUUUGCCGGUCGCCAUUUUAACUAGUGUCAGUCGUAACCGCAGUAGACACGAGUGAAGCCUCUUCGGCCUUCUUGGUUGAGGGCGGAAGUGAGGACUAUGGCGGUGCCAGCGUCGCCCACAGAUUUCAGACCCGCGUGGAAGUGAAGUAGCGUCCAUCAUGCUCCGCCGGGAGGCUCGCCUGCGCCGAGAAUACCUGUAUCGCAAGGCCCGCGAGGAUGCGCAGCGCACUGCCCAAGAGAAGAAGGAGAAAGUCAGGCGCGCGCUGGAAGAAAAUCACCUGAUUCCCACUGAGUUACGGCGGGAGGCUCUGGCCUUACAAGGGUCCCUGGAGUUCGAUGACGCGGGUGGUGAAGGUGUGACCAGUCACGUAGAUGAUGAGUAUCGCUGGGCAGGGGUGGAGGAUCCUAAGAUCAUGAUCACUACCUCUCGAGACCCCAGUUCUCGUCUGAAGAUGUUUGCAAAGGAACUGAAGCUCGUGUUCCCAGGCGCCCAGCGCAUGAACCGAGGGCGGCAUGAGGUUGGAGCGCUAGUGCGAGCCUGCAAAGCGAACGGGGUCACUGACCUCUUGGUUGUCCAUGAGCACCGAGGCACACCAGUGGGACUCAUUGUCAGCCAUCUGCCCUUCGGCCCUACCGCUUACUUCACGCUGUGCAACGUGGUCAUGCGGCAUGACAUCCCUGACAUAGGCACCAUGUCAGAAGCUAAGCCUCACCUCAUCACACAUGGCUUUUCUUCCCGGCUGGGUAAGCGGGUGUCUGACAUCCUCCGUUACCUGUUUCCGGUGCCUAAAGAUGACAGCCACCGGGUCAUCACAUUUGCAAACCAGGAUGACUACAUCUCAUUCCGGCACCAUGUCUACAAGAAGACAGACCACCGCAAUGUGGAACUGACCGAGGUCGGGCCUCGCUUUGAGCUGAAGUUGUACAUGAUUCGCCUGGGCACACUGGAGCAGGAGGCCACAGCAGACGUGGAGUGGCGUUGGCACCCCUACACCAACACGGCACGGAAGCGGGUCUUCCUGAGCGCUGAGUGAGCCUGCUGUCCAGACAGGAUGCGGAUGGGAAUCUGAGGGCAAGGUUUUGUCACAGAUGAGCCCAUUAAUCCGAAUAAACCUGUCAUGUUGGCCUACGGCUUCCAACUGGUCGCAGUGGGCCUGCUGUCUGGAGACUUGGUGUUGGUGUCCCCAUGGGAGUUGGGCCCUGGGAGCACGUUCCUGUGUGGGUGCAGUAAGGCCAGCUGUGUCGCAGAAUCCCUGUGCCUAGUUUACAUGGCACCAACAGCCCUCCUACCAUGCCUACCUCUGACUCAAGGAUGGGCCUUUCCACAUCACCUGGGGAGAGCCAGAGAAGACAGGAGGGGUGGGGGCCUCCCAUCCUCAGCUCUUCCUGUGUAUGCCCUCUACCCACAUCCCCAACUGUUUUUAAUUUUUAGAGUAAUCUCCUGUUUUCCAUCAUUCACUGACCAAUUUCCAUUCCCACCAGCAGUAGACAAGAGUUUAUUUUUUAUAACAUACUUGCCAACUUCCAUAAUUAUAGAUAAUAAACCAUGGUAAUUCCCUUCUCCCCCGCAUUCCCCUUCGCAACUCCACUUCCCAUCAUAUCCCUUCCCCAUCUCACUCAGUCACUUUUGAUGUCAUCAUCUUUCCUCCUUAUUUCUUUUGUUCUUUAAAUAAUAAACAUCCUAACAGA